GUGCGAAAGGGAGCGUGUCAUCUCACUGAUGGAUAACAACUAAUUUUAGGAUUAAUAUCGCGACGCAUACUAGCAAAUCACCAAAGGGCAAAAUGACAGAGAUCCUGUCUUCACCUCCAAAUGAGAAGACUUUAAGUGCCAGCGAACUGACUGAAUUAUUUGCCAUGUGGGAGGAAUUUAAUUUCACAGAUGCCAGUGAUAACAUGACACGGGUGGAAACGCAAAUGUGCCCCACUUCCUUUAACCGUUCUGCUCUUCUCCAUGCUAUGUGCACCCUCUAUGUAUUCAUUUUUGUAGUGGGCCUGGCCGCCAAUGCGCUAGUCGUUUGGGUCAACUUGCGCUCACAGCGUCAUUACCACGAGACACAUUUGUAUAUCUUAAACCUGGCAGUGGCUGACCUGUGUGUGGUAGCUACUCUCCCUGUGUGGGUGAGCUCGCUGGCACAGGGUGGUCACUGGCCAUUUGGCCAGGUGGCUUGCAAGCUCACACAUCUUCUCUUCAGCGUCAACCUCUUUGCCAGCAUCUUUUUCUUGGCCUGCAUGAGCGUGGAUCGGUAUUUAUCAGUGUCACGCUCAGGGGAGUUCCCUCACAGACGUGGAAGACAAAUACGCUGUUUAGUGUGUGCUGUAAUGUGGCUGCUUGCUCUGUUUGCCUCAAUACCUGAUACAUACUUUCUCCAGUCAGUGAAGUCACAACACAGCCACGUGACCUUGUGCCGUCCUGUAUACCCAGAGAAUAACACUCUGCAGUGGAUGGUGGGCAUUCAAUUGAGUUUUGUGGUUCUAGGAUUUGCCAUUCCUUUCCCUGUUAUAGCAGUGUCUUACGCGCUGCUGGCAAACACCAUGACUUCCUCUUCCUUCUCCUCAAAUUCCCCUUCAAGUGGAGACCAGGAUCGUAGUGUGAGCAGGAAGGUCAUCCUCAUGUACAUAGUGGUCUUCACAGCUUGCUGGGCACCAUAUCAUGCUGUGCUCCUAGCUGACGCUCUGGCCAUGAUGGGGCUGGUUCCUCUGGGCUGCAGCGCAGAGAACGCCCUGUUUGUGGCGCUACACCUUACACAGUGCCUGUCACUGCUGCACUGCUGCGUGAACCCGGUGGUCUACAGCUUUGCUCACCGCCACUACCGCUAUGACCUCAUGAAGGCCUUCUUCUUCAAAUACUCCACUCGUACAGGGCUGACACAGCUAAUGGAGGGCUCUCAGGGCACUGAGACAGAGUAUGCAAUGGUGGAGAACAACCCUACACCCGUAAGCUAAGACGCACGGGAAUUUCACCCUCAACCAGAGUUCUGCACUGCUUCAAAUCAUGACCUCACUUGACAUGUUUCAGAUUUGGAUUUUCCAGAUAAGUGAAAAUGAAUUAAAACAAUACGUUUUUCAAUGAACUAGUAGCAAAUGUUCAAUGGUGACCCCAAAGACAUUGAACACUCUUGAGCUUUUGGAAUAAUUCCAUAAACGAUUAUGCAGAAAUGUGCCAAAGACAGAUGGCUUCUUAUUUUAACUUAAGAACCACACACACUCAUCCAAACAAUAGAGUGCAUACUAACCUUCCGAGGCCCCCGCGUGACUGCUGUGUGCAUUUUCCAUUUCCCUUUUUGAUUUGUAACUAGUAGCACCUAAUAAACAAGCAAAAAAUAAAUAAAAAUAAAACAUUUCCUAAAUAUUGAUGUCCAUCGGGACUAAGUUUUAAGUAAUAUCAAGCUAUAGAAAGUCAGAUUUUUUUAAUCAAAUAGUUUAUGUAUCCAGGAGUGUUGGUUAUUCAUGUUUUUGUGAUGUUAUAGACAUUACAGCUGAUUUACUAUAAAGCUGAAUAAAUAAUUCUGAUUCAAAGUAAUCAAAUUACUGCCAACCAUGUUAAAAUACAUUUUGCAUUAUAUAAUUCUGAAUCUAUGUACUGACCCAUUGUCCCAUGUCUGCCAAUAUGUUGAGUGGUUCAAAUAUCAUCUGCAGCCUGAAACUGAACUUUUGGUCAAUGAAUGCACUUAGCUGCAUAGAAAGCUAUUGGAUGCACCCUUGCUCCCUUGCUCCCUAUUUAGUAAAUGACUUAACCUCCAGCGUGCUGUCUGUCUGCACUGGUCUCAGAACAGUCUCAGAAUGCACCUUAUUUUCAUCCUAGCUUUGGGAUGAAUACAUUUAUUCUCAAUGUGAAAAUGAGUAGUAAAUAUAUAGGAAUGCAUUUACUAAUGUUAGUAAAUAGAACCGUUUUGUACAGUGAUAACAAAAUAAAAUAUAACAAAAUGUAUAUUAAAAUGAAGCGAAAUGACCCACAGAUGUGUUAUAGUUGAAAAUUAUUCAAAAUAACUAACAUGUUUUUUCAACUUUUAAGGGAACAAGGUCCCAUUUUCCACAUAUGUGGACUUCUUUAUUAGCGUGCUGAUGCGGGAAAAAUAGAUGGAUUUUUUAAAGCGGCAUAUCAAACGAAACAAGAGACGCUACUCUUUACAACCAAACAGAUUUAAAUAAAAAACUUAAAGAGGUUUCUUACCAGAGGCACUUUUGUUGGCACUGCGCCCGUAGUAGCGCUUCACAGAAAUCGAAGUCAUGCUGUAAUGUCACGUGACACGGAGUGCCAGAAGUUGAAUCCUUAAAUGAGAGUAUAGAGUCCUAUGAACAGUAUUCAGUCAGUUUUAAUUCAUUUAAAUUAUGAGUUGCGUAUAGCGAAGCCAAAAUACAACAUAUACAAUACACUGAACGGAACUGCAAAGAUAAACAUUUGUUUUCUAACAGCUGCCCGAAUAAGUCCCCUGUCUGCUGUUAAUCGAUCAAACAGAUAGUCCUUCCCCCUACACAUGCCACUGGUUGAGUCAAUGUUGUGGUGUUGGGCUGGAUGGAUGGACUUCUCAAUACAAACAGGGCAAUUUUUAAAGAGCUAAUAAAUAUUCUACAGAGAAAAUAACCUACAGUAAGAAUGACUCACUUAUACAUGUCUGUCUCUGCAUAUUAAGCUGGGAUAGGAGAAAAUACUUUAACACCGAAAAAGUUACACACUUCAGAAACUUUAACUUCACAAAACUAAGUAAGAGAAAGCCUGGUAUUACUGUAUUACAGCUUGGUGUGACAUUCAAGAAUGGCUGGAAUAUCUCACAUUAUUGGGUCUAAUAAUGCAGGGCAUUCUCAUGACGAAGACGUUAUCUUAGAGACUUUUUGCAUGCAUAAUUAAAACUUCCUUGUCUUGCCAUUCUCACCUCAGUUCAGAUGAUUCCGCCAUAGGCUCGACAUUCUUCAAAUUUAUUGUGCAUGUGUAGCAGCCUGUUUCAUUGUACUUAUAAAUAUAUUAGUUUAGUUACAUUAUACUAUCAUAUCAAUAUUUAAGAUUUCCUAACCCAACUCAAUUCAUAAACUUAAUGACUUAUAAACAAUAUAAAACAUGUAUCAGGCAGUAUACUGUAUGUAGUCGCAAUUAUUUUAUUUACAUCACACUAUAAAAUAGCCAGCUUAAACAUCUAAUCCCACCCCUACGCUUAAACCUAACCAAUUCGUAACAUUUUCAAAUUCUUGGAACUCCUUUUGAACAAACAAAAACAAUGAGCAAAUAUGAAAUUCAUAAGUAAAGCAAUGAGUACACAGAAUUUUCAGUUUAUUUUAUUUAAAAAAUGUAGCCUUGGGUAAAGUUUUGAAAUCCUCCUAAAUUAUAUGAAUACGGUCAAACAGUGACAUUUAAAAUAUGGACAAAUGGUGGCGCUGGCGCAGACAAAGUGCUAUAAGGAUGUAUUGUUAUGAGAGUGUGUUGAAUUAUAACUUUUCAUAAAUGUAUGAUAACUUUAAAUAUUGCAAAUUAUGAUACAAUAUUUGAGAAUUUAAGCUAGUUUUUUACUUCUUACUUACCAGUCUCUUACUACUGAAAAGCAACAUAAUUUCAAUAAAAAAUAAAUAAACAAUAAUAAUAAUAAAAAAACAUGGUAUUAGGUGAAAUGUUGAAAUAAUGUUAAAAGAAUGUUACAAAAGACGAUUUUGAAGUUAUUUGUAUUUUUUGCAGACUGUAUAAUGUAGCUCAAUUUCUCUUUGUCUCUAAGUGUUUAUUUUUAGAUGUCGCUCACUUGCUAUUGAUUGGACUGCUCAAAGCACUUAGAAGUGAGGGGAUUGUUGUCUUUUAUGGCAAGAUAAUUGACAUUAAUAAUGUAUUUUGAACAGUCUGUGCACACAUGUUCUCUUCUCUGCAACAGCUCAUUCCAACUUUUUUAAAGGAUGGGAGUGGGACAAUCUGAAUAUUUGAAAUCUGGAGUGUGUUCAUGAAGUGUAACUGUAUGUGUUUGUGUUUAUACUUCAUUGUAGUUUCUUUUUUCUGUUAUGUAUAUAAUGUUUAAUGACAGACUUAAUCUUGUAACAGCUUCUUGUGUGUGUACUUGGAAGAGCAUUUACUUAAAGGUUACUGAAUCAUGUUUAGAUGUGUAUAUUUACAUUUUCUGUAAGGUAACUUAAAUACAUUCUUAUAUUUAACUUAGCUUCUGUCAUAUAUUUUUUGUUAUAGAGUUCUGAUGGAACACUGCAAACCUAAAUGUUCUUGAAAUAACUUUUUUUUUUUUUCUUCAGAAAGCCUAUUGAAUUACUCUAGUAUCUCUUAAACAUCAAAUCGCCCUUCUUUAAAUUACUUUUCCUCAUUCUCUUGCUCAUACUGCAUGGUAUCUUAUGGACACUGCAUGGAUAGGAUUAACCCAUGCAUGAGCUGAAUAUGGAUUCAAUUUACACUUGCCUUUUAUGUUUGAUUAAUAUAAACACUACUGUGGUAUUACUGGUUCACCAUGUGUUCGACAAUGGUGGCCCCUUUCAUUUACACCCUUAGGGCUUCAUAAAAAACUUAAAGGUAAUGACUACAAUCUUUGUUAAUGCAACAAUAAAUGUCUU